UUGGCGACCGGCGGGCGGCGCGCCGGAAGUGCGUGAAGGGCGCCAACCGGGAACGGAGCGGGGCUGGAGGCCCGGGGAGCGGCGGCAUGAGCAAAGGGCGGGAGGCCGCGGCCGGCGGAGGCGCCGCCGCCGUCCUGCUGCGCUACCUGCGGGAGCAGAACCGCCCGUACAGCGCCCAGGAUGCCUUCGGGAACCUGCAGCGGGAGCACGGGCUGGGCAAGGCGGCCGUGGUGAAGGCGCUGGAGCAGCUGGCGCAGCAGGGCCGCGUUCGCGAGAAGGUCUACGGGAAGCAGAAGAUCUACUUCGCCGACCAGGAGCAGCUCCCGGCCGCCAGCGAUGCGGAGCUCCGCGGGCUGGACGGGGAGAUCGCCGCACGCUCCGGCCAGCUGCAAGCGCUGCAGCAGAGCUGCCGGCACAUGGAGGCGGAGCUGAAGGACUUGAAUAGCUCCAUGACAACCCCUGAGAUUGCCAGGGAGAUCGAGGCGCUGAGGAAGGACUGUGCCAGUUACACGGAGAAACUGGAGAGGAUUAAAUCUGCUACCAACCACGUGACGCCAGAGGAAAAAGAGAAGGUGUGCCGGGAGCAGCAGCUGUACCGCCGGGAGUGGCGCCGGAGGAAGAGGAUGGCCACCGAGCUGCUGGAUGCCAUCCUGGAGGGCUAUCCCAAGAGCAAGAAGCAAUUCUUUGAGGAGGUUGGGAUAGAGACGGAUGAGGACCACGGCGUCGAGCUGCCAGCGACCACGUGAGGUGCUGGGGGAGCCUUUGCUCUGGGGAGAAGCUGCUGCGGAGCUGCCGCUGAAACUUGGCUGUUGGGUUGUUCUUUUUCUGUUUUUGCAGGACUGGGAUUUGUCCUGUGUAUUUAUUUGGUUUUGUUUUGAAAUGUUUUGCAGUUGGAAGGGUGGUGGGUAGGAGUAACUUGGCACUGGCUCUCUCCUUGCAGUGGAAUGUUUUUUCCUGCCCCCGGUGCACAGAGCUGCCUGGCUGGGGGGACACGUGGGGGCACGGGGGCUGCGUCCCUGGUGUUGUGGCAAGGAAAGGCAGCGAGGGACUGUCUGAGCUGCAGAGCUCUGUAUGUGUUCUAGCUGCUUCUUGCUGCGUGCCUGAGCGGUCACAUGAGAAUAUGAUCCAUUAAACACCAGGAUUUUGGUUCAGCUGCA